AUGAUCUACCGUACCGCCAUUCUGUGUCUCGUUUCCCUUGUCGUCUGCUUGAUCGCCAGCACCGAAGUUGUGAAUUCGCCAAAAGGCGCUAAAUGUAAUUGCCCGUUGUCGAGUGGACCGAUCAGUGACAAGGCUUGCGCACUUGAUUGGAUUUCCCACGCUCGAGUCCUGUCAAAAGCGAUGAAAACGAUGAAUGGAACCAAAGUCACCACUUAUCAACUUCAUCACCUUAAAGUUUACCGGGGCAACAAAACUCUCCCCAAACUCCUGAUGAUUCCCGUUGGCCCAUGCGCGUUGAACCUUCAAAAGAACAAGGACUAUUUGUUGAGUGGUCUCAUUGCCGGCAAAACGCAGUUGAUCUCGAGCGAGUGCUUUUCACUGCAAAACACUACAACUCCUGUGUGGAAUAAGGUUCCAAAAGCGAUCAAGACCGCCAUCACUAAGCUCACCUGCAAGGGACUCCCCACAAUUAAACCAACUCUCCCCACCGUCACACCGAAGAUCCCAAUUCGACCA